AUGUCGCAAGCCAACAAAAAGGGCGCCGGCGCCCGCGGCAAAAAGACUGGGGGCAAAGGCCCCGCGGACGACAAAGGCGAAGACGUCCUUCAGGCCGUUGCCUUCUGGGGCUUUUCGCAGUGUCUCCUUCCCCUCGCAAACACCCCUCUCAUCGAAUACACCCUCGAGUACCUGGCCAUGAACGGCGUCCAAGAAGCGUACGUCUACUGCGGCGCAUUUGCCGACCAAGUCGAGAGCUACCUGGCUGCGUCGCCACGGUGGUCGCCGACCAGCAAGACGAACCCCUUCCAGUCUCUUGAUAUCAUCCGUGUCGCCCAGGCUUCGUCGCUUGGCGAUUUCCUGCGUGAUCUCGACAAGCGCGGCAUCAUCGCCGGCGACUUUGUUCUCGUCCACGGAGACGUCGUCUCCAACGUGCCCCUCGACCCCAUACUUGCGCGCCACCGAGCGCGCCGUGAAACGAACCGCGACGCCGUCAUGACGCUGGUCUUGCGCGAGGGUGGCGACUGCGAUGUGGCCGCCGGAAGCAGCAACGACCAUCACACCCGCGCCCAUGGCAUCGAGCCCAUCUUUGUCCUUGAUGCGACCUCCGGCCGUUGUCUCCAGUACGACGAGAUGACGCCUCUCGACCAUGGCGACGACCGCUAUCUCGUCAUUGACCCCGCCUUCCUCGAGAAGAAUGCCGACAUCACGAUCCGCUCCGACCUGAUCGACUGCAGCAUCGACAUCUGCACGCCUGACGUCCUGGCCCUGUGGACCGAGAGCUUUGACUGCGAGUUGCCACGCAAGAAUUUCUUGCACAACGUCCUCAAGGACUGGGAGCUGAACGGGAAGUUGAUCUACACGGAAAUUGUUGGCGACCAGCCGCACCCCCACAGCAGUGCAAGCGGCAGCUAUGCCGCGCGUGUCAACAGCCUGCAAAUGUACGACGCCGUCAGCCGGGACAUUCUCAGCCGCUGGACCUACCCCAUGGUGCCCGACACAAAUCUCCUCCCGGGCCACUCCUAUGCUAGCGUAAGGCGCCGCGCUGGCCGUGUCGGCGGUGGUGCUGGAGUGGGCGUGUCGGCCGAGCGUAGUGUCACAAUCGAUCCGUCCGCAUUAGUAUCCCGUGCGGCGGUUGGCCUGCACACAGCUAUUGGCGCGAACACUGUAGUUUCCGGGAGCACAAUCGGCCGCCGUUGCCGCAUCGGCAACAAUGUGCGCUUAGAAAACUGCUACCUGUGGGACGAUGUCGUCAUUGGCGAUAACACCGUGGUCACACAAUCCAUCCUCGCCAACAACGUCCAGGUCGGAACCGACUGUGUCGUCCCGGCCGGCUCCGUUCUGUCGUUUGGCGUGGCUGUUGCUGACAAGGUCCGGCUCACUGCUAAAGCAGGCAACCCUGUCGUGCUGUCUGUCUUCCAGUCGAAUGGCAGCCCUGCCGUUGACGACGCGGCUGUUGUCGGUGCUGGAGGUAAGGGUGCGACGUACUACCAUUCGACAAAGGACAACGAUGACGAUGACGAAGAGAGCGAUGCGAUUACCGCCGAGUCUCUGCAACGAUCCCUCGUGUACUCCACCGCACACCUCAAUCUCUCCACCUCUUCUAUUUCUAGCUUCGAGUCCGACGGCGGCUUUGAGGACGACAAUGCUGUGUUUGACGACGAUGAUGAAGACGCAGCGGCAAAAGGAGGAAAGAGCGGUGAUUUCCUCAGCGCUAGCAACGCAGGCGGCGAGCGGGGAUCAAGAUCACGGCUGCCGUCGUUUGCGUCACUCGACGGCUCGCGGUUUUCGACGAGCGACGGCCUGGCUGGCCGUUUCGCGUCUGGUCCGGGUGCCGCAACGGGCUUGAUCGGUGCCGAUGGCGUGAGCACAGUCAGCAGCUCCUUCCACACGGACGCUGUCAAUGGCCUGCUCGAUGCUCUGCGCGACGACGCUAGCGGCGACUUUGAGUCUGCACGCCUCGAGUUCAUGGGUCUGCGUCUGUCCACGGACGCCUCCGAUGGCGCUGUGCGUCGCGCGGUGGCGGCUGCGUUUGCACGCCGCGCUUGCGAGCUGGCCGCCCCCGUUGGUACGCCUGGUGAUCAGGGCCGCGGUCUCGACGCCUCCAAGGCGGCCGAGCGCGCCGUCAAGAGCAAGACGGGCGCCGCCAAAUUUGUGCGCGAUGUUGGCGUAGGCAGCGGCUCGUCCGACGAGCAGGUCGAGUUCGUGCUUGCGCUGCAGCGGACCCUCGUCGGUAUGCGUAUCCGGGAGGAGAAGGAGAACAAGGGCAAGCAUGUCGAGGGCCUGGCUGCGCCCGGGACAUUACUUGCGGCUCUUCUGCAGCAGCUGUACGACAGCGACGUGCUUGACGAGGAGGGUAUCCUGGCUUGGUGGGCCGAUGGUCGCGCAGCCGAGGGCGGCAGUGGCGGCUCUGGCGAUAGCAGCAUGACGGGAGCUCGCGAGAGGUGCCGUGUGCUUGUCGAGUGGCUCGAGACGGCCGAGGAGGACGACAGUGACGAGGACGACGAAGACGACGAGGACGAGGAGAGUGAUGAGGAAGACAGCGAUUAA